AUGCAGCUGCCUGAUAAAGAUCAGAGGAAGGGCGUGAGCAGCUGCUCACCUGGUCAAGCUGUUGGACUCACCUGUUCAGGUCAAGACAUCAGGUUGGUGGGAGAGGCCAGCCGAUGUGCUGGGAGACUGGAGAUGAAACGUCAAGAAGAGUGGAGACCAGUGGAUGCUUGGGAUCGUUACUGGAACAUGAACUCAGCUGCUGCAGUUUGUGCUGAACUGGACUGUGACUCAGUCAGGCUGGUUCAAGGGACCAACCGGUGCUCAGGCAGACUGGAGGUGAAGACCAACCAGUCGUGGUCCUCAGUGUGUGAAAAAGACUUUGACCUGCAGGAUGCAAAGGUGGUCUGCAGGGAGAUUGGCUGUGGGUCUCCUUCAGUCCUCCAGGGGGCGCUCUAUGGAGAAGCAGAGGCUCCAUUGGGGAGCAGAGAGUUCCUGUGUGAAGGCAGUGAGUCUGCUCUGCUGAACUGCAGCAGCAGGAAGAGUUCAGGUAGAAACAGCUGCUCACCUGGUCAAGCUGUUGGACUCACCUGUUCAGCACCCAUCAGGUUGGUGGGAGAGGCCAGCCGAUGUGCUGGGAGACUGGAGAUGUUACAUCAAGAAGAGUGGAGACCAGUGGAUGUUUGGGAUCAUAACUGGAACAUGAGCUCAGUUGCUGCAGUUUGUGCUGAACUGGACUGUGGUUCUGCUGUUUCAGCAAUAAAUUCAAAGGAAACUUCAAAGAGACCAGUUUGGAAGAUCAGGUCUGACUGUUUCCAGUCAGGAUCUGCAUUAACGAACUGUUUACCUUAUGAUGAAAACAAUGAUCAGAGCCUAGAGUUCAUCUGCUCAGGUCUGCUGGUUGAGCCGCUCAUCUUCCUCUCUUCCUCCACUGACGGGGUCUCCACAGGCAGAAAGCAGGGGUCUGAGCUCCUCAUUGGAUCAAGUUUCAGCAUCAUGUGCUCCAUCAGACCUCAGUAUGAAGGCGGCUCCUUCCAGCUCAUCUUCAGCUCCUCUAACUACACUCAGAACCACACCCUGCCAGCUGUUAAUCACUCCGCCCUCUUCCUGUUCUCUGCUGCUGGCCACGCCCACCAAGGAACCUACCGCUGCGUUUACCACGUCUACGUUUUCUCCUAUAACUUCUCCUCUAUGAGCCAGCCUCUCAACCUCACUGUCUCAGGUAAACUCAUGGAGUCCAUCAGGAAAAGUUCUGCUUCAGUUUCAGCCUAUCUCACUGCUUUGAUCAUCAGACUGGUUGUCGUCCUGCUGGGUUUGCUGGGAUCAGUCCUGGUCCUCUACUUUAAGGCCAAGAGAAACCAGAAGUCUGGACCAGAACACAUCCUCCUCCAUGAUGAAGGAUCCAGAGCUGAAGGCAGCUUAGAGGAGGAGACUGCAGUCUGAAGGAACCAGGAGAAAAUGAUCUUCAUUUCACAUCCACAGGAAGGAGCAGAGAGAUGUUUCAGACUCCUGGAAAUCUAUCCGUCUAUGUAUCAAUGAUAAAAUGUCUCUGUGCUCCUGCAGCAGGAAGGAAGUUCAACAUUCAGAAAUUUGUAUCUGGACUAAAACUACUUAAGUAAAAUUUAUAUAAGAAGGGAACACAAAACAUUCAACAAACAAAAUAUAACAGAAAACCCACUUCAUCAAAAUCUGAUCUUCAUCAACCUUACAAGGAUAGCAUAUGGUAGAAUAUUUAGGGGUCAAAGGUCAGGU